GGAUUACACGGGACUGAAACAGGAUAAUAAUAACAUAUGUUUCUUUGGUUGAAGCUAGGUUAGGUCAUCGGUUUUGUGUUUGUAAACAUUCUAACGUAUUUUCGAAAUCAUGGAUUUAUCAUCAAAUAUAUCUCAGAAGGAUUACUUAAAGAAGUAUUUGUCAACAAACGAUGUUAAGAAAACAAAGAAGAAAAAGGUCUCUUCAACCAAAGUUAAAAGGUCUCAAAUCAUUGAUGAUGAUAUUGAUCUGAAAAACAUGAGACCUCUUGAUGAUGAUGAAAUUGAGCUAUAUCAAAUGGAUGAGGAUGCGCCUCAGAUUGCUGGUAUUGUUGAUGAAAGACCUCCAGAAGUGAAAGCUCAAGAAUACUAUAACUCAAAACGUUGGAAAGUGUUUGGGGGUGAAGAUGGAGUCAGUGUAGUGGAUAAUAUGAAUAAGAAUCAAGAAAAUGUUUCCAAUAAGCUUUCUAAAAUGUUUAAAGAAUAUGAUACAACUGAUAAUGCAGGAAGUAGUAGAGAUUUAGCAAUAGAUAAAGUAUAUGACAAAACAGACUUUGGAUCAAGCAGAGAAACUUCAAAACCAAUUACUAACACAUUAAAAGCACAUGAUUCAGAUUCUGAUAAUUCACCUAUUAGAACUCAAAAAAGUGACGGUUAUUCUCUAAAGCAAAAUUCUGAUAAGAAAAAGUCCAUUUCCAGUGAUGUACAUGUUUCUCACCAGUCGCAUAAAAAGCAAAAAUUACAGCAUGAUGAGGGUUUAUCUCCACCCAGAAAUGACAGAAAGAAUUCAGUUAAACAGAAAUAUGACUCCGAUACUUCACCUCCAAGGAGAGGUGUUGCUAAAAAGUUGAAUCAUAAUCUCAGUGAUUCUGAUGCAUCACCACCUAGAAAAGAUGGUGUAAGAAAAAAAUCAUAUCAUCUGAGUAGAUAUUCUUCAAAAAGAGAUCGGGAUCACAUACGAAGAAGUGAUUCUGACAAUUCUCCACCAAGGAAUCAUAAAGAAAAAAGAUUACAGAAUAAAAAUGAUUCAGAUAUUUCACCUCCUAGAAAAGAUAGUAAACGUUCUCAAAAGUAUGUUAGUGAUUCAGACAGUGAUACUUCUCCACCAAGAAAGAGGGAAAGAGAAAAAAGAUUCAAGAAUAAGUACAAUACUAAAAGUAUGCAUUCUAAUAGAACUAGAAGGAAAUCUUCAAGUGAAUCUGACAGAUCUUUAUCAAGAAAUGAGAAGACUAAAUUUAGUAAACGGAAAAGUUCAUCUCCUCAAAAUGAGCCAAGGAAAAGAUCAUCUAGAAGUGAUACCCCACCAAUAAAGUCUUCCUUUUAUAACAAAUCUUCUCAAUCUAAUAGAUCUAGUACAAAUCAUUCUCCACGACUUUCUAGAAGAGAUUUAAUGGAUGAAAGAAAUGUUAGGAGGCAUUUUAGUGAUUCAGAUGAUUCUCCACCAAGAAGAAGAAGAACUAACAGUUUCCGCAAUGAUGAUAGUACAUCUGAUCUAUCCCCAUCAAGAAAAAGGUCUUCAGUUAAAGAAAAGAAACCAACAAAGAAAGCUUUAUAUAAACCAAAUGAUAGCUCAUCAUCAGAAGAAACUUCAAGAUCUAAGAGUAAAAAAAUGAAAAUUACAUUAGAUGGAAAACAGGCUGGACUUCAAGAUGCCAAGCAACUAAGAAAAGAACUGUCCGAUUUGAAAAUGAAAGAAGAUUUAAUGUUUUCAAAGAUGGAUGCAAGUGUCUCUGGGGCAGGAGCAGCUCCGAUAAAAAGAAACAGGAAGACAGGAGAAGUGAGAGAUUUAGAGAAGGAAAAAGAAGCGCAGAAGGAAAAGGAGGCUAAAGAGGCUGUGAUGAACGAAAAGUACUACAAGUGGGGGAAAGGGCUGAAACAAGUGGAAGACGCUGCGGAGCGGGCAGCAGAGACUCUGAAGGAGAUGAGUAAACCGUUGGCUCGGUACGUGAACGACACUGACCUGGACAACUUCUUGAAGGCCCAGGAGCGAGAAGGGGAUCCAAUGUUGGAUUACAUCAAACGGAAACAGAGUGAAGCCACCCCUCUAGCUGGAGUGAAACCUAUCUACCAAGGAUCUUUCAACCCCAACCGGUUUGGCAUUAGACCAGGACACCGUUGGGAUGGUGUGGUUCGGUCUAACGGCUACGAGAAAGAAUGGUUCAGCCACCAAAACGCAAGGAAGGCAAAAGCAGAAGAAGCAUACAAAUGGAGUACAUCAGACAUGUAAAUUAAAAAAUUGUAAAUGGGUGAAAAUGUAAAGAAGUGUAAAUUUGUGGAUAAAGACAUUUUAUAAUCAUAAAGAUAUAUUUUUGUAAUUAACCAUUUAUAAUCAGUAAUUACAAUUAAGAUUUAAAUUUGUUAGUAUGAUUCUUGGAAUGGGUCUUGUAAACAAAUUCUUUCAAGGUUAUGCAAUUUUGUAUUUAUUUGUUACAUUUACGUAAACUAAAUUAAAAUGUUCAAACAAUUCAAUUACUUAAAUAUAUACUCUCAAGGAGUAGCUAAUGUACAUAGUGUAAAUUAUAUGUAAAAAUAAAUACAAUAGUCACUUUAGGCAUUAUUAGGUAUGAAUGAAUGAAUGAAUGAAAAAAACAUUAUUAGGUAUUGUUUAUUAUUAGGUAUGUUCCUAACAUGUAAAUAAAUCGAGUAGUGAUUUCUUUUUAUUAAAGUUUUAGUUUUCAAUGUAGAUAUAAUGUUAUCUAGUGACUCUCAAGACUAGUCUUGGAGAAUCAAUCAUAAUAAAUAUUUGAUGAUAAGGAAUUUAGCUUAGCAUAAUCUUUACAGAUUGUAAUGAUUCCAAUGAUAGUUGUAAUGAUUAUGUUCAAAUACACAUAACCAUUGCUAUUACCAUUCAAAUAUUGUUUAAUGUUAUACUGAUGAAAAGCAGUGCUUUUAUAUAUUUGGAUUUCUCGUCUUUUUCCAAAAGUUAGUGUAUGUUGUUUAAACAAGGUUUGCCUUAGCUGUAGCAAUAGCCUUGUUUUCGAAGAAAAUAGACACUUUAUUAUUUAUUUUGUUUCAUAAGUAUAAGAACUACGAAAAUAAUUUUAAUUUGUUUUGUAUAUACAGUUAUGUGGUGUUGAAUAAACAGGUACAAAAACAAUUCUGCAUGAAAGUAUUUUAGUGUUGCUUUAUUAGCAGCUAUUGACAAAUAAUUGUUUUAAUCUUUUUUCAAUAUAAGUUUACAUUUAAACUCUUAUGAUUAGAAAAUAUUAUUAUGACACUGUAUGGUUUGUAAAAAAACAUCUACCAAGAUGUGAGCAUAUUCAGUAUUGUAUAACUAUAAUUUGUUAAUUUCAAUAACAUGUACAUACUUUAUUUAUUCUAAAUUGAUCACUGAAAAAUAAAAGUUUUUUAAUUUACUA